UCCGAAAUGCACCUACAUCCCCGAGAUGGAGUGAAUUUAUAACCAAAAAAAAAAUCAUAAUAUUUUGACGUUUCAACGGAUGGGCGUUUUAUAGCCUAAAAUUUACAUUUGUUUAUAUAUAUUAUAUAAUUUAAUGAAGGGAUCAAACAUAUUUUUUCAAAUACAGCACGUUUUAUGUCACUAUAAUUGUGAAUGAUUUGGUGAUAAAUUAUGAUCAAAGUAUUUUCAAGCAACGAUACAAUUUUUAAUAAGUUCGAGUAUUAAACUGAUGGCUCCGUUAACUGAUUUGAUUUCUUGCAGUAUAAUUGAAAAGGAUUGUAAUGGAGAUGCGCUUUGGGCAUGGACCUAUCCAGCAGUACCGAAGGCACAAAAAACAGUCGUCACACGAAAAUGUAAUCUACAAUCGGAGAACAGCAGUGCACAGUCCUUCGUUUGUUCCAGAUACAGUGAUAAUUGGUUCUAUAUUUACUGCACUGAAGUCUUUGAUACAGAUAAAUUGCCCAGGGUGAAGCAAUUUGCUCUGGUUAUUUUUACGAAAGACUUCAAUCCUCAAAAGUACGAAGUACUGUGUAGAGUACUGAGUAAAAUGUACUGCAAGACUGGUAAUCCAACAGAAAUACUACAAUUGUAUUUGUCAGUGUUCACAAAGGGCUCAUGCACAACUCAAGAAAAUGGAAUUUUUAUGUCAGACGAUUACAAUGGUCAACGAUUGGUAGCUGACAGUAAUAUUCGAGGGCUUGUGAAAACAUUUGAACUUGAAACAAUACUGAUUUAUACAGCAUUACUAUUGAAGAAAAGGAUAAUUGUUUAUCAUCACAGUUUGGAGCAACUACUCAAGUGGGUCAAGACGUUUCCAGCUUUGAUGAAACAUAGGAAAGUCACUGAUAAUCUUUUUCCGUGGGUGGAGUUGGUACAGGAUGAAUUAGCUGAGUUGAAGGGGUAUUCUUACUAUAUAGCAGGCUGCAGGGACAGCUCGAUUUCCUCAAAGACAGAAUUGUACGAUUUACUGGUGAACAUUCCUGCAAGAGAGAUCACUGUUGCUCCACAUGCGAAAGAAAGCCUUACAAUGACUAAAACACAUAAAGAAAUUGCUUUAUUCAUGGUACAGUUGGCGGAAAAUCAGGGGAAUACUGAGGCUCAAAUAAUUCAUGAAAUUGCGGAAAAAACUCAGGACCUUUUGAAACAAUUGAAAAGUUUAGCGACCGUCGAUAAUACAGAUGGUAGGAAAAUAAUAAAGCUUGAAACUUUUCGUGAACGCAAUUUGCCACCGGCUGUUGAAAACUUUCUCAUCAAUCUGGCUACUGCAGAGAAUAUUUUCGCUUUGUAAAUAUUUGUUAUUAUGGAAUAAAAAGAAUUUUAAUGAA